AUUCUUUUUCCUUUUCGUAUUUCGACAUUCAACUCUUUCUCGACCAACCGUUCAUCUUCUUGACAUUCCUCUUUGAAUUCUUGAGCCAGGUGCUCGUUAGCCUCGACGGCGUAAAUCACACUCCUUGACCUGGUGUCUUUCGAACUAGAACUUGUCUUCUUUCGACGUAUCUUCCACUGCCCCUGCCGUCGUCCGACUUUCUCGCGGCAUUCGUGUUUUUGCGGAUAUCUUGUGUGUUUGGUGACUCGAAGAAGACAUUGGGACUAUCAUGAUCCCUCUCACCAAACUAGGUUUAGUAGUGACGGCCGCUCUGGCGUUGAACGCGGAGAGCAAACCUCUCGCCCCUCCUGGUCAUCACGCUGCUCCCGGGGUAGCCAAUUUGCUGGCUGGUUCCAAGCGAGGUAUACAUGCUUUGAUAGCGAGGUAUUAUGGUACUUCUCAUGGUCUGGCAAAACCUCCCCCUUUACCCAACAAACGUGACACUUCCUUUCCACCCGGAUGGAGCUACCAAGCCUGCGUUGACGAAUCAUGGGACGAACGACUCCUUCAAGGAUUCUCAUUUUCAUCAUCCGUCCUCACACCUCUUCAAUGUAUGACCGAAUGUGGUAAACGUAAUUUCACCUACGCCGGUACUGAAUACGGUGACGAAUGUUACUGCGGUAACGAAUUCAUCGGUUCUGGUGGAAUACCUGGUGAAGAUAGUGCAUGUAAUUUACCAUGUUGGGGUGAUAAAGAUGAAACUUGUGGAAACGCAUGGUUUUUAACUUUAUAUCAAUAUAAUUCUUCUGGUUUAGUAACUACUUGUACAACUUAUCCUUCAUCUGGAUCCGAUUCAAACUCUACGACGAUCAGUGAUCCUACUGGAAUCACCAACACUUCUUCUAAUUCUUCCAUCACUUCCACCCCGACUUCCAUUUUCACCACUGCGACAACGACUUCAAUCGGAGGAGCAAGUACUACGGGAAUGUAUGAAGAUACGAUCGAUUCUUCCGAAUGGUACGCUUUAGGUUGUGCGUUAGAUGGGGAUAACAGGAUUAUAUCGGAUUAUAUCCUUACAGGUCAAACAAACCUCACGGUCGAUUCUUGUCUCACAACAUGUGAAGAUAAAGGUUUCACUUACGCGGGUGUUGAAUUUGGAGAAGAAUGUUAUUGUGGAAAUAAGCUACCAACUUCUUUGAAUUAUAAAGAUGGAGGAUGUACCGUGGUGUGCACUGGAAACUCGGGAGAGAUGUGUGGAGGAGAAUGGACUUUGGAUUUAUACGAAUUAGUUUCAGGUUCGACUUCUUGUAAUUCGACACCUUCAGCGACCACUUCUUUACAAGCUGGUGGGGCAUGGGCUGUACCUACUGGAUAUUCCACUACCUCCACUUCAUCUUCGUCUUCUACAACAUCAACCUUUGCAACCGGAACCUCUGUGGUAUCUUCCACCACGGAAGUCUCUACCGGAACAACUACCUCCCUUUCCACCGGCACGGGCACUGGCACGGGCACUGGCAGCUCCCCCACCACAGUUCCAAGUUCUUCCACCACUCACCAAGUAUGGGCACAUCACAUGGUCGGUAACACAUACCCCUACACUGAAUCAUCUUGGUCAUCCGACAUUCAAUCCGCUUCUUCUUCCGGUAUCGACGGGUUCGCUCUCAACAUGGGAUCCGAUUCAUGGCAACCAUCUCGAGUUUCAGAUGCUUACUCCGCCGCUGAAUCUUUCGGAAACUUUAAAAUGUUCUUAUCACUCGAUAUGACUUCUUUACCAUGUUCAUCAAUUUCCGACGCAUCUAACCUGGUUUCUCUCGUCAAACAAUUCGCUUCAAGUUCAGCUCAAGCCACACACGAAGGUAAAGUUUUAGUAUCCACUUUCGCAGGAUCUGAUUGUACUUUCGGAGGAGGAGAUUGGAUGACAUCAUUCGUUCAACCAUUAAAAUCAUCAGGUGUUGAAAUAUUCUUCGUACCUUCUUUAUUCGUUCCGAUAUCAACAUUCGCUUCUGAAACAUAUAUGGAUGGAGAACUUAAUUGGAAUUCAGCAUGGCCAAUGGGUGACGUCGAUCUUUCCGUUUCAAACACCGAUUCGGAAUAUAUCACAGCUUUAGGUGUAAAAGAAUAUAUGCCAGCUAUAUCACCUUUCUUUUACACACAUUUCGGUUCGAACAGUUGGAAUAAAAAUUGGUUAUACCGUUCAGAUGAUUGGUUAUAUUGCGAAAGAUGGGAACAAGUCAUUUCUUUACGUGAUAAAGUUUCAAUGACCGAAUUACUCACUUGGAACGAUUAUGGUGAAUCUUCUUAUAUAGGUCCUAUUGAAGGUGCUCUACCAUCAGGAUCGGAAGUUUGGGUAGAUGGAUUCGAUCAUACGGCUUUAUCAAGUCUAACCAAAUAUUAUUCGACAGCUUUCAAAACAGGUCAAUAUCCGGAUAUAUCACAAGAUGAAAUCAUACUUUGGUCUAGACCUCAUCCACAUGAUGCUACGGCUACUGGAGAUGGGGUUGGGAGACCUGAAGGAUGGCAAAAUACGGAAGAUUAUUUAUACGCUGUUGUUCUUGCUACAGAAGCUGGACAAGCGAGUUUAACUUCUGGAAGUCAAACCACAAGUUUCGACGUGAAGAAAGGUUUGAACAAAUUAAAAGUCGUUUCGAACCAAGGAGGGAUAGGCGGAAGUUUGUCAAGGAAUGGAAAGACAGUGGUGGAUUAUACUGCUCAAGGGUUUACUUAUACCUCUAGCCCACAGACGUAUAAUUAUAACUAUUUCGUCGGAUCGAGCUAGGAAAAUGGAGGGGAAUCGUAAGAUGACGGGAUGACUGGAAUCCCUUGGGUCGCUACUUGAUUGGAUUUGUCACAUCUCUCAUCCAUCACCUUCAUCUUGUCAAAGCUCUCUGAUGAAACAGGAUUUUUGUUUAGAUCUCAUACGUGCUGGCGCGGACAUUUGAUAUCUCACACUCCUUCUCUACAUACUUCACCUUUUCGUUUCUCCUUCAUGUCUUUCAAGUUGGGUUCAUGCAUUUAUGGCAAUUUUAUAAAAUUC